AUGACUAUAAGAGAAGCCAGGAACAGCGACCUGAGGGCCAUGGCUGAAGUCUCAGCAGCGGCCUUCAUGGACGAGGAACUGUUCGGUGAGCUCAUGCAUCCUCACCGACAAGAGUACCCGGAAGAUUUUAUUACCUACUUUGAGAGACGGUUUCUGAGACAUUGGAACGAUCCUAAUAGUCGGUUUCUGGUGGGUCUUGACAAGACGACGGGAAAAGUGAUUGCAUGUGCGCAGUGGGAGAGACAGGGUGCCAAGGCGGCAACUUGGAGUGAAAGUCUCAAUAUAGGCACACUACUACACAGCGCAACGAAGCCGUAUCUUCAAGCUUGGGACUACAUGCGACCCAAUAGGGCAGCUGAUCCCGAGAAAGUGAAUAUCCUGGAAGAAACAUUCCCCUCGUUUGCACACCACUGGAACGAGUCCAGACAACAAAACUGGUUCCUGGACCUGUUGGCCACUCACCCGGAUUACCAAGGUCAAGGAGUUGGAAGGGAACUCGUCAUGUGGGGAGUCAACAAGGCCAAGGAAGAGAAUGUUUGCGCAUCCGUCGUAAGUGCGCUUGGCAAAGAGGUGUUUUAUGGAAGGUCUGGGUUUGUCGAGGUUGGCAGAGCGAAUAUUGGUCCCUUGGCGGCGUGUGGGAUUAAAGGCGGUGCGAUUAUGUUUUGUGAGGGUCAUGUUUCGAGGUGA